GAGAGUGAGAGAGAGAGAGAGAGAGAGUGGCGGAGCGCGGCGGAGAUCUGCAGCAGCAUGCUCCGACAGAGCGAACAGGUCCUGCGACAGGAGUAGACCGAGUCCCGAUCCCUGCCCAAGUUCAAGUCCGAUCUCCGAGCUGUUCCAAACUCACCUUCCACACACUCGACUCUUCAUCGAACCGCGGCUCUUCCUUCACUCUUCUCCCGCGGUGGAUGAGCGCAGGACGCCUGGAUUGUUAUGUUUGAAAAGGAGUCAGGACAAACCCUGGACCAGUCCACCGCCACGGCGAUGCCUUCCAACAAGUACUCUGCUGCUAUCAUGGAGGAAAGCAACAACAUGACUGCUACUGCGGCGGUGAACGGAGACACACCUCCAGCCGAAGCCUUGUCAGAGAACGACAGUGGCGUGGAACUGACCAAUGAGAACAGCCCGCUGACUGCGGCCGAACCGCCCUCCCCCUUUAGUCCCAAACAGAACGGAGAUGCUGCCUCACCUCAGGAUGAUAACCAGUGUUCGAGGGGAAGUAGGAAAAGGAGCAGGAAGAAGUCAGAGGAGGAGGAAAGUACCUGGGACUCCUACAGCCAGGAAAAGGCUUCAGGAGCGUCUCAGCUGGGUUUGAGACAGAGACCUCGACCCAGAACCAUCUUCCAGGCCGGUCUGACGCCGCACACACACAACAAGCCUCGCAGACAGAACCGCAAACAGGAGCUCAGCAUGUUGCUGUGCUCUGCUGGUCCUCGGGCGGUCGCGGUCGUGUCCGGCAGGGUCCCCGAGGCCCCCCGUCUGGAGCUGAUGGAACAAGACUCCAAAGACUCGGCCCAGAGCAGCAGCACCUCGUCCAGCUCCGAAACCCAGCCAGAGUACAAUGACAACAAGGGUUUUGGCAUCGGUGAGCUGGUGUGGGGGAAGAUCAAGGGAUUUUCCUGGUGGCCUGGCAUCGUGGUGACGUGGCGUGCCACCGGCAAACGGCAGGCCAGCCACGGCAUGAGGUGGCUGCAGUGGUUUGGAGACGGCAAAUUCUCUGAGGUGUCAGCAGACAAACUGGACUCCAUCACCGCCUUCCCCAAGUUCUUCAGCCAGGCUUCUUACACCAAGCUGGCCUCCUACCGCAGGGCUGUCUUCCAGGCACUGGAGAUGGCCAGUAUCCGGGCGGAGAAGACCUUUCCUCCCUGCGAGUCGGACAAUCCGGAGGACCAGGUCAAACCCAUGCUGGACUGGGCCAACGGCGGCUUCCUGCCCAAAGGAGAGGAGGGACUCAAACCCACGCACAGUGCCAACAGUAACCCUCUGGACCACCAGGUCCUGGAUGUUUCACUGCCAGAGUAUUUCCCCAGUGCAAAGCGGCCCAGAGUCAGUCUCUGUAAGAACAAGGCCGCCCCCGAGGAGUCCUACAGCAGAGAACAAAUGGUGAAUGAAGUUCUGAAGAAUGGAAGUAGCAUAGAAGAGUUCUGUCUCUCUUGUGGAAAGAUGAGAGCAGCAACUUUCCACCCGCUGUUUGAAGGAGGCCUGUGCCAAACUUGCAAGGAUGUGUACCUGGAGAUGUCCUACAUGUAUGAUGAUGACGGUUACCAGUCUUACUGCACCGUUUGCUGUGGGGGUCGAGAGGUUCUGCUGUGCGGCAACGCCAACUGCUGCAGGUGUUUCUGUGUGGACUGUCUGGACAUCCUGGUCGAUCCCGGAGCAUCUAACAAUGCUCGGUAUCUGGACCCUUGGCGAUGCUACAUGUGCCAGCCGUUGCUGCAGUACGGCGUCCUCAAACGGCGGCACGACUGGAGCCUCAAGCUGCAGGAGUUCUUUGCAAACGACAACGGACAAGAGUUUGAGAAGCCAAAGAUUUACCCAGCAGUCCCUGCAGAGCAGAGGCGACCAAUCAGAGUUCUCUCCCUGUUUGACGGCAUUGCCACUGGCUACCUGGUCCUGAGGGAUCUGGGUUUUAAGGUGGACCAGUACGUGGCAUCAGAGGUGUGCGAGGACUCCAUCUCAGUGGGCGUUGUCAGACAUGAAGGAAAGAUCCAGUACGUCCACGAUGUCAGGAACAUCUCCAAGAAAAAUAUUCAGGAGUGGGGUCCAUUUGAUCUGGUGAUAGGAGGAAGUCCCUGCAAUGACCUCUCAAUCGUCAAUCCUGCAAGGAAAGGCCUGUAUGAAGGCACAGGGAGGCUGUUCUUUGAGUUCUACCGUCUGCUGAGCGAGGCCAAGCCCAAAGAAGGAGAGGACCGGCCGUUCUUCUGGAUGUUUGAGAAUGUAGUGGCCAUGGGCGUCAACGACAAGAGGGACAUCUCCCGAUUCCUGGAGUGUAACCCCGUCAUGAUUGAUGCCAUUGAGGUUUCUGCUGCUCAUCGUGCCCGAUACUUCUGGGGAAACUUGCCGGGCAUGAACAGGCCUCUGUGUGCUUCUGGGAUGGACAAGCUGGAGCUGCAGGACUGUCUGGAGCACGGCAGAGUUGCAAAGUUUGGAAAGGUGCGUACCAUCACUACUCGCUCCAACUCCAUUAAACAGGGGAAAGACCAGCACUUCCCUGUCUUGAUGAACGGGAAGGAGGACAUACUGUGGUGCACUGAGCUGGAGAGGAUCUUCGGCUUCCCCGUUCACUACACAGACGUGUCCAACAUGGGUCGCGGUGCCCGGCAGAAACUCCUGGGCCGGUCCUGGAGCGUCCCUGUCAUCAGGCAUCUGUUCGCACCGCUCAAAGACUACUUCGCUUGUGAAUAGAAACCACCCGCCGCCGGCAAACAAAUGCCACUUGUGAAUAUUCACCAGCUCUUCUUUUGUGAUACUGGCUUCCAGAAACAUUAGCCGCCAGUCAAAUUCUGUGAAGAGCUGGAUGUUAUGUCCACUCCGUCAGCCACUUUGGCCGGCAAACAGCCAGUCUCACUAAAAAUCAGUGUAGCUGGGAAAAUAGUGAAAGUAGCCGUUAGUUUGUGUCCAGCCAUUUCUGGAUUCUGGAGAUAAUGCACUGCAAACCUGAAACACACAUAACACACACUAACACAGAGAUACACAGAUACAACGUGGGUGAGCAGCUUGGCUGUGGUUUAUCACUAUCUCCAAUAGUGUCUGAGAGAGAGGGAGGGUCAAAGGUCAAGUGAAAGUGCAGACAGUCAGUCAGUAUCACUGAUCAUCUCUAAUGGAGACCAUUAGGGUUCUCAGCCUGAGGAGCUGAAAGGGAAAGAAGAUGACACCCACUCAUUAACAUUAGGACUGAACAAUGAUUUACUAUGAUUUUUACUUUUAAAAAGCCCUUAAAAUGCAUUUUUUAAUUUUUUUUAAGUUGACAAACUUGUAGAAAAUAUCAAAGCUUCAUAUCAAACUGUUUUACCAAGUGUAGAACAUCUAAAGGUCGCUUAUCCCUCAAUUUAGCUGGUGAUUAAAAUGUUUGAGAGGCAUGGUGCUGAUACUGGCUGCUCAUCUCAACAAAAACACUUUUAAGCUCACUUGAACCAAAGUCAUACAAUGGACAGCUGAAGUCCUGCAGUCCCGUUUUGGGGAACCUGCUGUUCCACGAGUGUUUUGGCAUAACAUUUUAUUUUUUUUAAAAUAGAGUUUUUUAGCAUGGUCUUUGUAACGCCAAGAUAUCAUACUGCUGUUUUCUGUCCAAAUUAAAAAAGGUAAUAUCUACAACUGUACUGGACGGUAAAAGUCCAGCAUCUCUUUUUAACUAAGAUAAAAUGGUGAUUUUGUUUGCGAGUCAUUGCCACAGAAGUCCUGCAAAAGCCUCUUUAGAGCCGUAGGUGUGAGAUGCUAACAAAAUCGUAUUUUAUCUUUGUUAAAUACGCUUAAAUUUUACUAGACAGUGCUGUAGUACUGUAGUACAAUUUAAAUAUGGAAAGAAAAGUUAGUCUCAUGCUCGAGUUUUUAAAAGACCAAUGGAAGAAGCAUUGGGAGCUAGUGGACCUGAGACUAACUUAGGAAUGAGGCAGGAUUUUAUACUUAGAUUAGUUUUUUAACUGUUUGUUGUAAAAACAAUAAUUUCACUUUUUGUCUUUUGCUUUGAGAUGAGUCCAUAUGAGCAAAAUAGCUUAGUUAAAAAAGAAGAAAAAAAACUUUUUGAUGAAAGAUUAUAUAAACGUUUUUGUAUAGAUAGUGUGAAACUUAGAGUUAUACUGUUAUAAAGUCACAGAGACAUCUCCCAGAGAGCUACACACAAAUACUUGAAACAAGCCAAUGCAAAAGCAGAGAUAUAGAGAAUGGGUUUUUGUCCACACAGCUGAGUGAUAACAUUUAUCCUACUGUAGAUGUUUAGACAUUAUUUUAAAAUUAAAAUUGUUUCAGUUUACUGUAAUAGCUGGAUGCCAGUGUCUCACACACAUGUGGGCGAUCGUGGUUGAAAAAAAAAAGUUCAUUUGAAUCCAGGAAAGUGUGAGUGUCACUGUGUGUAAAUGUGCUUUUACAGCUGUUUCUGCUCCCGAAAAAGAAGAAAAAAAAACAUGGGAAACCCUGCUGAACACGCAAUAUUUUUGUAAGCUAGCACUGACUACUUUUCAUUUAAAGGAGUUUUUCAGUUUCCAGAAAAACUGACAAGAUGGCUGCCAUGAAAACCAUCUUAAUGAUGCUGUCUGAUACUUUACUUAGGUCUGUGCGAUGCACGUGCUUCAGAAUGCAGUAUAUAGAAGUCAUUCUAAGUAAUUGUGAUUAGUGAGAAAACAAGUCUGAAUGCAGAGUACAUGGCAUAGUCAUUACCAGAGGAACUGUUGUCCUGUGAGACUUCAAACACCAAGUUAUUGCAGUAAUUUAGAUUUUUAAUGAAUCUUUGAUAAUGAUAAAGAUUUCUUCUACAGGCCAGUAUCAUUACACAGUCAUCACUGAAUUGUCUAGUUUAAGUUUUUUUACCUGCAGUUUCAUGUCAUGCUGUAUGUUAAAGCAUUAGCAUGUUCACCAGACAGAGCGUGACCAGUGGAACAAACUCACAAAAACUUGGUGUCGUCCUUUGAAAUAUCUUUUUUUCUGUUGUUGUUCUGAUAACUGGAAGAUUUUAAUGAUGUUGGCUGUCACCAAAUCAGACUAAAUGGGCAUUACCUCAGACAAAGGGGCAACUGCAUCACUCCUCCUACAGGAUCUCUGUUCCGUGAAUAUAUACUGUAGCUUUCUGCUCCCAUAUGCCCUGUAUAUAUAGCUUAUAUUUUAUCACUGGAACUGUUUUUACACAGUGUUUUGUGUACUGUAUCAAUAGAAAAGUUUACAAGUGUUUUAAUUCUCUUGUUUGACCAAGAACUACAUUGUUUUUUGUUUUUACACAAAAUGCACAAGCCUUCGUAAAGAACUUGUUUCUUUCAUGUUUAAAUGACCAGUUCAUUUAGAAAUGCAAGACUCUUCUUUGGUGCUCAAAAGGCCCCUUUAAAGUGCCACCAGGAAUCUUUUUCACUUUUCAAGUCAGAUUUAAAGUCAUUUAAAAUACCAAAAAGUAAUUGUUUACAUGUUUCCUUAAAACUGCUGAAUCUGUUGAAUGUUUUGAAAACAGUACGCAGAGAAUAGUUUUCUUUUUUAUAACUGCUCUUUUAAGACUUUUUAUAUUGAGAACACAUACAGUAUAUAUUAACACAGUAUAAAGCUUGCUUGAAAUUUGUAAUAUUAUAGCACAAUAUAGAGCAUAUUAAUCAAUAGCUUUUUGAUAUCUCGUUAUUUAGAUUAAACCAUUUGAGUGUGUAUUUGUAGGCUUGAGUGUGAAUGAGCUGAGAACAGUUUCUCCUUUUUUACUAUAACCUUUUUGUGCUUUAUCUUUUAUCAGAAUCACACUUGAGGAUAUUUUUUUUUUUGCCUUUUUAUGAAUCUAAAGUGCAAAAACAUUUCAUAAGAACAGAUUCUGUGCUAUUUUUAUACUUCAUUUGAACUGUUAGUGGAAAAGCCUUGAUUUAUUUUUUAUGUUUGUGUACUUCCUAUAGCAACCUAUAUAUAAUUUUUACUCAAUAAAACACAGCUUUGCUGCUAAAAUCAA